AUGUAUCUCGACAUCGUCCAGGGUCUUGGAGAGUCCGCCGGGCGCAGGUAUGAGCAGUUCAAGCAGGAGAGUCUGGAGAUCCAAAAGGCUCUUGUUGGUCUUCCCAAGACGGCUGAGCGCAGACAAGUCCUUCAGGCCGCGACGCGAUGGAAUCACGAUUCUAUCUUCGAGACGAGCAAGGCAAACGUGGAGAUGGGCCUGGCGCCUCACGAUAGUGAAGAGUCUCCUGAGUUCCACUUCCUUCGUCGGAACCCCAUACACUGCGGUCUUUUGAUCCAUCACAUGCGAUCUGCGCUGCAUUACCAUGGCGUCCAUACUGCUGCACCCAGCGGUGGUCUGAUGGCUACUGCACAGCUCUACCAAGCCCUCCGACAAGAGGGCCGCAUUCCCCAAGGACAAGCGUGGGAGGAUCUUGAGGAAUUUUGA